AUGGCGGAUCCUGACGAAAACAGUCCACCUAGUGAAGGGUCAUCAGAGUAUCUGAGUUUAGCGUCUUCGAAUUCAAGUGAAAUACAAGAUUCUCAAGAGUUGAAAACGGUAAAACCAACGUUUUCUGUCAGUAACCCAGCCAGAGUUAUAGGUUUAUCUAGAAGACAGUUUGUUCAAGAAGGUAAGUCUUCAGAAUAUAUUGAUGUUGGUAUUUAGAGCUUUGAAAGACUUUAAUGUUGGGGUUAAACUGUUUAAAAUAGACUGAAAAUUAUAUUAGUGACUUUGAAACAUCUUAACAUAGUUUUAUGCUAAACUAGGCUUUAGUUGAAAGCUUUACUAUAAUAUCUUCGUCUGGUGCGUAUUUAACGUUAGACUUUUUUUAAAUAACUUCAAAAUUCUGAUUGUGAAGCCUUAUACACAUUUUUUCAGUUGUAAAGCAAAAUAAUUUGGCACACAUCAAGAAACAAAAAAAGGCCAACUUCCGAACAGCUGCCAGUAACUAUACAGUAGAUGAAUUCGACAUAGAUAGUGUUACAAGAGAGCGUGGUAAGUGUUUUAUUUGUUUUGUUUUGUUUUUAGGCGUUGUAGCAUUGCUUUAGACGAUAGAGACAAUAUGGGGAGAUUUUUUGGCUUCUCUAGCUUUAUUUUGAUGUUACAAGCUAUUAUAAUAUCAACGUUUUCUUUUAUUUUUAACUUAAUAAAAGAAAACCAUCUAAAUUUAGUUUUAGAUUAAAAAUUUCAAGAAUACGAUUUAAAAACAAUGUUAUUACAAUGAUAAAUUUGUAGAAGAUCUCUGUUUUAUAUGCCAAUCGUUCGACGAAAGGGAAACGACCACUUGUGGCGUUAGUGGGUGUAAUUUGUUCUACCAUGAACAUUGUCUUACCAGAGAAAAGAUCCAUGACUAUUUUAUAUUUUUCCAUCGGGACAAUCGGAUAUCCUGCUUCAAGCACUUUUGUAACCGAUGUUUUAGCGAAAACAAGAGGACAUCAGCAUGUUCAUCAGGUAUGUUAAUAUUUGGAGAAUUAUUUUUAAAGCUUUUAUGGGUAUAUAGUAAUGUAACAUCUAAAAAAUCGUAAACUAUAAAGUCUUAAAGAUUUUAAUCUAAUUUUUGUUGUUUUAGCGCCGUUUUACACUUGUAAAAUGUGUCCUCGAUCGUAUCAUUUGGAAUGUAUACCUCCUGGCUGUGAUCCCACAAGCGUAAUAUGUCCAAGCCAUUUUCGAAGUGUCACCACUGAAGCCGAACACAUUCCUCAGUGUUUUUGUUGUGCAAGAGGAUUGGAGAACGAUAAUAGAAGUAUGGUUCAUUAGAUUUUGACUUUUAGGUUGGUGUAAAAGGAAUGGCUCGUUUGGAAUUGAAGUUUUGGUAUUUUUAAUAAAAUUAUGCAAUUUUUUAAAUCAAAACUAGUUUUUUAAAAGUAUUAUAUAAGCUGGUUUUAAAAAAUGCCAUUUCAGUCGACUGCGACUAUUGUAUUCGAUCCUUCCACGACACGUGUGGCCAAUUCGUGGUGGCCAAACGUACAGGCAAAGGCGAUCGUAUGUGCUCGUUUUGUCAGUAUGGUUAUUUUGUCCCAGCUUCAUCACUAUGCCAUGUUUUGUACAAAGGAACUUUUCAACCAGCCAAAGUUACAGUAAGAGUAAAGGGGAACCCUGGCUUCGUACCGGUCGCUUUGAUGCGAGAUCUCAUCAAGAAUUCUUUCUCUGUACGACUAGUCAAGAUGGUUCAUCAUACUAGAGUAUUACCUUUUACUUUCAAUGAUGCCUACCUCAAGUAUUACAAGAAAAUGAAGUUAAGGAAUAUGAAUGGUGAGCUAUGUUUAUACCUAUAUAAUCGUUUGUUUUAGGCUAACUUUGGUAGAUUUUAAUUUUCUAUUCAGGGUUAUUUUUGUUUAUUAGGCUACUGUUGGUAUAUUCUGUUACUUUAAAAGGUUAUAUAAUUCCACUAAUAAUUUUUUAGUUUACCUUUACCUCCGGCAAGAAAUGUCAACAUCAGAUGUAUCUGAAUUACCUGUUUUACCAGUGAAAUCGUGUUACAAAGACUUCUCACCUUGUACAGUAAGUUCUUUUAAUGUUGAAAUCGAUUGAAGAUUAUAUUAAUCAUGAUUUAAACAAUUUCAGGAGAACAUAUGCCUGAGGAAGGAGUUUAAAGACCUACUUUUCGAAGAGAACAACGCCCAUAAGUGUAAGUGUGAAGUGGAGAAUGGCAUGAAAUGUCUGGAUAGUUGUGUAAACAGACGACAAUACUACGAAUGCAACGAGGAUUGUGGGCCGGAAUGUAAGAAUGGGCCAAAGUCACGGGAUCCCAACUUUGACAAACUGGAGGUGUUCGAAUGUCCGGUCAGAGGUCGAGGUCUCAGGGCGAAAGAGCACUUUGUUGCGGUACGUUGAUUGAUAUCUUAUAUUUUUUAGAUCAGAUUGUUCACAUAAUUCUGGGCAUGUAGUAUGUUCAAAUAAUUCUGUGUCCCGUCUCAGAGCACAUAUUUGGGGUUGGGGCACAUAAUUAAUUGAACAAUCUUUAGGUGACGUUUAAUAAUUUUUUUUAUUUCAGGGAGAGCCCAUUGGUGAGUACCGUGGCCGGCUACUGACUCAGAAGCAGGUGACCGAAUACAUGACAAUAUUUUGUGACUGCCGGAACAUUGAGGACCAUUUGUACUUUAUGGGAAUAGGUAAUACUGGAGUGACAAUCGAUGCCAAGACCAGAGGGUCUAUUACAAGAUUCGCGAAUCACAGCUGUGAACCCAAUGUUAAAGUUGUGUGUGUUACUGUAGGUUUUUUUGUUUUGAUGGAAAAUUGAGCGGUUUGGAUUUAUAAGUUUUUGGUCAAAAAGUACGUAGAAAAGUCGUUUUUGAUCAACGUGACAUGCCAAAUUGACGAAAGUUAAAAUUUUACUGUUUUGCCAUUAUUUAAUAAACCUUUUAGGGCGUAGACAACAUGCGACGACAAAUGCUGUACGCGAAACAUGACAUAAAGCAAGGAGAGGAGAUAACCUUCGACUAUGCCAUGGACUGGGACGAGUUCAACAAGAUCUGCAGAUGUGGCAAAGAACAGUGUAGUGGCUAUCUGAAUGGUCGCAUGCAAAGUCGUAUUAAGAUAAUACGAACCGCCGAAGAAUAUGUACCAAAAGUGUCAAGGAAGAGAAAGGUGAAACGAGAGAAUGACAGUUCUCUAUCCACACGACAAUGUUAA